AUGGCUGAUACAGUGGUGACCACCUCGGAGAGCAAGGAGCUCCGGGGCCUCAACCUUAUAGCUGCCCAUUCGCAUAUUCGCGGACUCGGCGUCGAUGCCGACACACUGGAGCCGCGCCCGUCAUCGCAGGGACUCGUCGGCCAAGAGAAGGCCCGGAAAGCGGCAGCCGUUAUUUUGGAGAUGAUAAAACAGGGCAAGAUUGCCGGCCGGGCCGUCCUCAUCGCCGGUCCUCCCAGCACGGGAAAGACUGCUAUCGCCACGGGCAUGGCCCAGUCUCUGGGUGCCGACGUGCCGUUCACAUCCUUGGCCGCGUCCGAAAUUUUCUCCCUCGAAAUGUCCAAGACGGAGGCGCUCACCCAGGCGUUCCGGAAGUCGAUCGGCAUCCGCAUCAAGGAGGAGAGCGAGAUCAUGGAGGGCGAGGUGGUGGAGAUCCAGAUCGACCGCAGCGUGACAGGCGGUGCCAAGCAGGGCAAGCUGACGAUCAAGACAACCGACAUGGAGGCCAUCUAUGACAUGGGAAGCAAGAUGAUCGACGCCAUGACCAAGGAGCGUGUCAUGGCCGGCGACAUCAUAUCCAUCGACAAGUCGUCGGGGAAGAUCACGAAACUGGGCCGCUCCUACGCGCGGUCCCGCGACUACGACGCCAUGGGCGUCGACACAAAGUUUCUGCAGUGCCCUGAGGGUGAGCUGCAGAAGCGCAAGGAGGUCGUGCACACGGUGACGCUGCACGAGAUCGACGUGAUCAACUCGCGCACUCAGGGCUUCCUGGCCCUCUUCUCGGGCGACACAGGCGAGAUCCGCAGCGAGAUUCGCGACCAGAUCAACACCAAGGUGGCCGAAUGGAAGGAGGAGGGCAAGGCCGAGAUUGUUCCCGGUGUCCUGUUCAUCGAUGAGGUGCACAUGCUGGACAUCGAGUGCUUCUCGUACAUCAACCGUGCCCUGGAGGUCGACCUAGCGCCCAUUGUGAUCAUGGCCAGCAACCGCGGCCAAUCGCGCAUCCGGGGCACCGACUACAAGAGUCCGCACGGGCUACCGCUGGACUUUCUGGACCGCAUCUCAAUCAUCACCACGCACGCAUACGGCCCAGAGGAGAUCAACAAGAUCCUCUCGAUCCGGGCACAGGAGGAGGAGGUGGAGCUGACGCCCGAUGCGCUGGCUCUGCUGACCAAGAUCGGCCAGGAGACCGGCCUCCGCUACGCGAGCAAUUUGAUCACGACGUCGCAGCUGGUCAGCGCGAAGCGGCGCGCAAAGCAGGUGGCAGUGGAGGAUGUGCGGCGCAGCUACCGGUUGUUCUACGACGCGGCGCGGAGUGUCAAGUUUGUGAACGAGUCGGAGAAGCGGCUGAUCGGCAACGACGGCAGCAUCGACUUUACCGUGGCGAAUGGCCAGGGAGAUAGAAUGGAUAUCGGCUGA